UUGUGUAUCUGGCAACCAGGCAGGAGAAAAACCUCUGCUUCCACGAGUCUCCCAAACUCACACACACACACACGCGCAUACACACGGGACAGAUGUGCAGUGUGCGUUCUGACUUUAGAAGUGUGUAUAAGUGUGUAUAAGUGUGUGUGUGUUUUCUCCGUGAUGUCCCGCUCGAGGUUGAUCAUGAGCGCGGUGCUCGCGCUGUGGGCGUGCGGCUCGUGCAGCCCGGGGCCGGUGGAGGACGUGCGCGUGGAGACGCAAUCACGGCCGAAGAACUGCACCAGAGACGUGAAGACUGGAGACCUGGUGCGAUAUCACUAUAACGCCACGUUCCCGGACGGCAAACAGUUCGACUCCAGUUAUCAGAGAGGUAAAGCGUUUUUCGUGAAGGUCGGUGACGGACGCCAGAUAGCCGGAGUGGAGAAAGGCAUCUUGGGAAUGUGUGUGAAUGAACUCAGGAAGAUCACUGUCCCACCUCACCUGGCUUAUGGCAGUCAGGGUGCAGGUGACACCAUUCCUCCAGACACGACCUUGGUGUUUGACCUUGUCCUGCUUGACAUCUUCAACAUGGCGGAUCGCGUGAAGACGCAGGUGAUCCAGACGCCGCAGAACUGCACUCGCUCUGUCAUGAAGACCGAUUUCGUCCGAUUUCACUUUAACGGAAGUCUGCUAGACGGCACGCAGUUCGACUCCAGUUACGAUCGCUCUCAUACGCAGGACAAUUUAGUCGGAGACGGCUGGCUGAUUAAAGGACUGGAUGAAGGGCUGUUGGGGAUGUGUGUGGGAGAAAUGAGAAACUUUGUCAUCCCUCCAUUCCUGGCAUUUGGGGAGAAGGGAUACGGUAACGAGGUCCCACCUCACGCCACUUUGGUGUACGACGUCCUGCUGGUGGACCUUCACAACCCCAAAGACGACAUCAGGGUGGAGAUUCAGGAGAUCCCCGAGCCCUGUACACGCAAAUCCGUGGUCGGAGAUUACAUUCGCUAUCACUACAACGGAACCUUCCUGAACGGAGCAGCAUUCGACAGCAGUUACGAACACAACAGUACGUACAACACGUACAUCGGGCUGGGCUACGUGAUCUCGGGGAUGGAUAAAGGGCUGCAGGGGGUGUGUAUGGGCGAGAGGAGGAGGAUCACCAUGCCACCUCACCUCGCCUAUGGACAGCAAGGAGCAGGUAAGGAUAUACCCGCCUCGGCCGUGCUGGUGUUUGAUAUCCACGUGAUUGACUUCCACAACCCGAAGGACUCGGUGCAGGUUGACGUGACGUUCAAACCGGAGACGUGUAACGAGACCAGCCAAGCCAACGACCACAUCGAAUAUCACUACAACUGCACACUGAUGGAUGGCACACUGCUCUUCACAUCGAGCAAUUACAACUUUCCUCAGGAAGUGCAGUUAGGAGAAGAUAAAGUGAUCGAUGGUCUGGAUGAAGGUCUGAGAGGGAUGUGUGUGGGGGAGAAGAGGACCAUCAUCGUCCCUCCACACCUGGGACAUGGAGAGAAAGGAGCGGGGACUGUUCCAGGCAGUGCCGUGCUGCGUUUUGAGCUCGAGCUCGUCUCCAUACAGAAAGGAGUUCCUGAUGGAUAUCUGUUCAUUUGGUUGGAAGAGACGCCCCAGAACAUUUUCGAGGCUCUGGACAUAAAUCAGGAUAAAGAAGUUCCACUGGAGGAGUUUACGGAGUUCAUUAAGCGUCAAGUGGCAGAGGGUAAAGGUCGUCUGAAACCGAGACGGGAUCCAGACAGCGUCAUCGCAGACAUGUUCAAAAACCAGGACAGGAACGGAGACGGGCGAAUCACCACAGACGAACUGAAGCUUAAAGUGGAGGAGGAUGCAGUUCGGCAUGAGGAACUGUGAGAGCUUCAGAUAUCAGCACACACACACACACACACACACACACCCCUAAUUAGUCUGGGAGAUAAAAACCACUCAGGAUUUUGUCUAGGAAACCCACAGCCCCAGCAGGGGGUCUGCACUCGGUUUUGUCUAAACAACAAAACUAAAAUAAUUCGUUCUUGAUUUCCAAACACGUAAAUUUUUUAUUACAGUUUUAAAAAAUGUUGAUUGUGUUGUUAAAAGUGUUGGAUGUGAACUUUGGGAAUGUUCUGUGUAUAAACUAUGCAGGUUUUUUUUGCUGUAAAAUGAGUUCAAUAAAUGACUUGUAAAUGUGGUAUUUAAAAGCC